CUUGACCUCGAAUCCCAGCUCUUUGCGCUUUUGUGCUGUCCUCUAAGAGCAACAGCUCUCGAGCAAGUCCGGUUACUGCUGCUAUCGCAACCCCAAACCCUAUAUCAGAUAGGGUAUCACCGCCUCCACAAACGGCAGCGACUGAUGGUCGAUAAGGCGGAGGAAGAUGAACUUCCUCAACUUUCGGGAUCCUCUCGUGAUCACAGAGGCGGACUCAUACAAGAUCGAGCUACUGGAGCGGGAGUAUGAGCUGCUGGAUAGAGAGAGGUACACGCCGCUGCAGGCCGAGGCGAUGAUUGCGCUCUCGCUGCGCGGCAUCUAUUCGACUUUCCACCGGCUGUACUUUGAGCGGCUGUCGGACAUGCCGCUCGAGCAGGCGAGCUGGGAAGACGACCGCUGCAGGAGUAUUGAUGACUACAUAGAUGGUCUCUCGAUGAUUAUGACGCAGCGGAUCCGCCCUCGGCCAAAGACACUAGGCAUCCAGCAACGGCCGGAGGAGACAGUCUACCAGUACUGGGAGCGCGUGAUGUAUCGAUACAACGAUCUCGAUUGCUCGGCGUUUAAUGUGUCGGAGGAGAUCUUUAAUGGACUGCGGCCGGAGUUGCGCGAAGGGGUCAUGCGGAGGCUAAACUACUCGUGGCGCGAGAAGGGCCAUAUUCCGGAUAAGAAUCUGAUGGAGGCGGCGGCGAUCGUGGAGACGUCGGUCAGUCCUGAGAAUUGCAGUCUAGAGCCGUUUCAGCCUAGGGCAGAGAUCAGCGAUCUCGAGGAUGAAGCGAAGAAUGUGGAGGCGGAGGAGGAGGAAGAGGAGGAGGAGCGGGCGGUGGAGGAAAAGGUGGAGGAGUUUACGGAUGAUAUUCUAUGGCAUGCAUUUCGGCGUUGAAUUGGUAUUAACUACAAUCUAAUCUAUAAU